CCCAUCGGGCAGUUACUCUCUCUCUCUCUCUCUCUCUGUCUAUACAGUUGCCUUCUUUAAUAAUUCCCCAUUUUUACAUCUUAUUAUUAUUACUACUAGUAGUAGAGAAUAGAGAUAAGCUCUCUCAAAGUCAAACAUACAUUCAAAGGAUGAAGGAAGGAGGAGGAGGGGGAGGAGAUGGUUUUGUUAGGGCGGAUCAGAUAGAUCUGAAAAGCUUGGAUGAACAGCUUCAGAGGCAUCUUAGUAGAGCAUGGACAAUGGAAAAGAAGAAGAACAACGAUCAACAGCAACUUGAAUCUAUUGUUUCUAGGCAGGAAUGGGAGAUCGAUCCUUCCAAACUCAUUAUCAAGAGUGUUAUUGCUCGCGGUACCUUCGGUACUGUUCAUCGGGGUUUCUACGAUGGCCUUGACGUUGCAGUUAAACUUCUUGAUUGGGGAGAAGAAGGACAUAGAACAGAAGCAGAAAUAUCAUCACUUAGAGCUUCUUUUACACAAGAAGUUGCUGUCUGGCACAAACUUGACCAUCCUAAUGUAACUAAGUUCAUAGGGGCUAUAAUGGGGGCAACGGAUCUUAACAUUCAGACAGAAAGUGGACAAAUUGACAUGCCUAGGAAUAUUUGUUGUGUAGUUGUGGAAUAUCUACCUGGAGGAGCGCUUAAGAAUUUCCUCAUUAAAAACAGAAGAAGAAAGUUAGCUUUCAAAGUUGUCAUUCAACUGGCACUGGAUCUUGCAAGAGGGUUGAGCUAUCUUCACUUGAAGAAGAUUGUCCACAGAGACGUCAAGACAGAAAAUAUGCUCUUGGACAAGUCCCGUGUGCUAAAAAUAGCCGACUUUGGAGUUGCUCGUGUGGAGGCUUCAAACCCUAAUGACAUGACAGGGGAAACCGGAACCUUGGGCUAUAUGGCCCCUGAGGUUCUUAAUGGCAACCCGUAUAACAGGAAAUGCGAUGUGUAUAGUUUUGGUAUAUGUCUUUGGGAGAUAUAUUGUUGCGAUAUGCCAUAUCCAGAUCUCAGUUUCUCUGAAGUAACUUCUGCAGUUGUUCGCCAGAAUCUGCGGCCAGAUAUUCCUCGAUGCUGUCCAAGUGGUAUUGCAAACGUGAUGAAACGAUGUUGGGAUGCUAACCCAGACAGACGGCCUGAGAUGGACGAGGUUGUAACAAUGUUGGAGGCCAUCGACACAUCCAAGGGUGGAGGUAUGAUUCCUCAAGAUCAGUCUCAAGGUUGUUUAUGUUUCCGUAGAACUAGAGGACCCUGAAUAUGAAGAAACUAUGUACCAAAACCCGAACCAGAGAGCCAUUGGUUUAAAUAAUAAUAAUGAUAAUAAGUAGUAGUAGAUGCAGAUGCAGAUAUAUCUACGUGACUGUGAGUGAAUGAGUGAGUUUUCCAUUUUGAUUCAAUUCAAACUGGAAAAAUUGAACUUUUGAGUUGUAAGGUUAUGAAGUAAUUUAUUUGAGCAAUGAAGUUAUUGUCACAAGCAUUGCAUGAACAUCUUCCAUCUGUAAAUCUUAUCUCACAGUCUGUAAUGAAAUUAUCUUUUAUUCAUUUUGAAUAUU